CCUUCACCCAUUAAACAGUAUAAACCCUUUUUAUAGAUACGCGCCCCAGCCGACCACUGUUUGGGUUUAGUUCUUCUUUAUCGGAGCCUCCGAUAGUCGAUGGCUCGAUAAGAUACUCCACAUCUCAUCCACAUUACAUCUUCCAUCUUCCCCCAUACUACCCUCUUCGCUUUUCGCCUCCCUACGGCCCCCGCUCGUCAACCACAUCGAGCUUACAUACUUCAUGACUUAUAACUCUUUCUAAAGGCCUUCUUUGUGCUCUCCAUGAGGGCAUGGCGACUGUACAGAGAAGUAGCAGGUCGUCUGGUUUGAGGAUCGAGACUACCUUCCACCACGGGUCAAGAAAUUGCUGGGGGAAUGGCGAGCGCGAGGGAGAAUGGAGGGAAGCUGAUGAACAUCGAGCUGGUAACGAGGGCGACCGUACCAACAUCUCUCACGAUUAUGACGCACAUCGUUGCGGUACUGAUGAAGAAAGCAGUGUACUGAGCAGCCUUCACUCCUCGACACCUCCCAUCUCAGUCCCACGCCAUGAUGAUAGCCCGAGUCAGGACGAGAUCCCUCAUGAGAUCCCUCACAAUCCAGAGGAUAUUGGCGCCUCCUCGCCCUUCGACUCGUUCCUCCAGCAGGAGCAGUCGUCUUUCGGUUUUGAUCCUGCCCUCACCGUCACUCAAAGAGGUAUACAGCCUGAAAGACAGCUGUCGCAAAGCGAGAGGCUCAGUCGGGCGCGGAGGUUCCAGCCUCAAAGAACUUCAAGUCUCCGGAACAUACUCCCGCAAGAUGAUGACGAGCUGGUGAGCGGCGUGAGCCAGUUGGGAUUCAGUCCCGACUCCAGAAGAAGUCACAUCCGGCGAGCUGUUCCGACAGUGCUGUCACGCGAAGGUCUUUCCGGGAGCCCGAACGGCGACCGUCCUACGUCCCUCACAACUGUAUCGACCAUGUCGCCUGUUAUUGAUGAGGUUCAAACCCCUCCAGAAGCCUCUCGGGGCAUGCUUUCGCCGAUUUGCAUGUCGUCACCUACGCAGACAUACCACUCACCCGAAGACCGCAGUGCCUCCUGGUCCGGAGGGUCUGCCGUUCCUUUUGGCAGCAAGCUCAGCCGCUAUCGAAGUGGUACAACACGCUCGCGGCGAUCGACGGCCUCGAGUGGGAAGUCACCAGCGAGCGCGUUCCUUUCCAUGUGGAGUACGCGGGAGGAACCAGCGCCCAAACCUGACGAUGAGGGUCAAAUGGUUGGGACUGAAUAUGUUCUUGGGAAGAUCAUCGGAUCUGGCGGUUUCAGUGUCGUGAAGGAGGCUUAUAAGGUUGAAGAGAGCGGUGAAACAAGGCGUCUAGCAGUAAAGAUUGUGAAGAAGCAAGUUGCCGACAAAACCGAGAGGGAAAAUGAUGCUGUCCAGGCCGAGUUUGACCACGAGGUUCGCGUUUGGCGGUAUCUCAGUCACCCAAAUGUCUUGUCUCUCGAUGCGGUCUAUGAAACGGACUACGCCACAUUCUGCUUCACCAAGCUUCAUAUAGGCGGCACUCUCUUUGAUCUCAUCCGCCAGAAUCGUCAGAACCGCCGCAAACUCACGAUGGACCUUGCGAAGAAAUACACAUACCAACUUGCGUGUGCUUUGCGAUACUUGCAUGAAGAUGCUCGAGUGGUUCACAGAGAUAUAAAGUUAGAAAAUUGCCUGUUGGAUCCAGUCGAGCUUCCGGAUGGCACAAAGACGUCAAACCUCGUUCUAUGUGAUUUUGGAAUGGCGGAAUGGAUCAAUGCUGACAACGAGGAUGCUUCCUCCGAGCCGUACGGAGAUGCUGGGGACCGGCCACCGCUGCGAAAUAUUGGGCCAUCUGAUUCCAGCACCAGCGUCGCAGGCAGCCUCGAAUACGCCUCACCGGAGCUACUCGACUCGAUUACUGGAAUCAUCGACCCGUCUGUCGACGUCUGGGCUUUUGGGGUCAUCGUAUUCACCCUUAUCGUCGGAUCUCGGCCGUUCCAGCACUCUUUCCAGCCCCGUCUAAUAUCCAACAUCCGGCACGGCGUCUGGGACCGAGAGGCGGUUCUCGGUGAUGGAGCCGACUCGGAGGCACGGCGCGACGCACUUGACCUCAUCACCAAUUGCCUGGAAAUGGAUUGUCGCAAACGCUGGACUGUCCGCGACAUACUUUCUUCCCGCUUCGUUAGGGAAUUCUCCGUCGAUAGCCCUUCGGACAAUGCUUGGAAGCUUUGA